UUUCCAUUCGAUCUGUUUGCUACAAUGUUAUUCUGAAUCCAACUUCCAAACAAUUGAUGAGGUCAUAGUUUGUGAAACCUUGUAGAGAUGGCUUUGCAACAUCCACUAGGUUUUCCGUUUCUGGUUAUGCCGUGUGCUCAUUACAAAUUCAGAGGGGGCGCUUUAUUUGCGUCAACCAAUUCGCAAACCAACAAGUUUCUCUAUACAUGGAGGUUGAAGUCUUCCUAUCCUUCAUCCAUCUCCUUGAUAAAGCCACCUUUCCUGGUGCGUUAUCCCCUAGAGGGCAGUUGUUUUAGAAGCAGCACUCUAAGGGCCUAUAAAACUGCAGGGCCACUCAGGUCAGACGAUGGAAAGAAGAAAAAAGUACAAGCCGAUAUGGACUCUGAUGAGGAAGACGAUUCUUCUUCCGAAGACCGACAAGACCCCGAUCUUAUGGAUUCCGAUGAGAGAUGGGAAUGGCGGAAAAAGAUUAGAGAAGUGAUUGAUAGGAAUCCCAAUGUUGAGGAGGAGAUAGACAACAUGGAAAGGAGAAGGAAGAUGCAAAAACUUCUUGCUGAGUACCCUCUCGUUGUGGAGGAGGAGGAUCCUGAUUGGCCUGAGGAUGCUGAUGGCUGGGGUUUCAACUUGGGUCAGUUUUUUGAUAAGAUCAGCAUCAAGAAUAAGAAAAAGGAUGAUAAAUAUGAUGAUGAUAAAGAUGAUAGUGAUAAUGAAAUUGUCUGGCAAGAUGACAACUACAUUCGUCCAAUUAAGGACAUAACCACUGCUGAAUGGGAGGAGGCUGUGUUUAAAGACAUUAGUCCACUAAUCAUUCUUGUACAUAAUCGCUACAAAAGGCCAAAGGAAAAUGAACAAAUUCGUGAGGAGCUGGAGAAGGCCAUCCACAUAAUAUGGAAUUGCAAUCUGCCUUCACCACGAUGUGUUGCUGUGGAUGCCAUUGUCGAACACGACUUGGUCUCUGCUCUUCAAGUGUCAUCCUUUCCAGAGAUCAUCUUCACUAAAGCAGGGAAGAUUUUGUUCCGUGAGAAGGGAUUUGUAAGUGGAGAUGAGUUAUCAAAAAUAAUGGCAUUCUUCUACUAUGGAGCAGCUAAGCCACCAUGUUUAAAGGACAUUCCAGAUUAUCAGGAGGCGAUCCCAUCAGUUUCUAUUGAUAGGAGGAUAUAAAGAAAAUUCUGAAUUGAUUGUGUGCUCAUCUAUUAGACCACCCACAAAAACAAAGACGUGCUAGACACGGAUGUGGUGUCUACCAAAUACGCUUCAAUGCUCAAGUUAAUUUGAGCCUUAACGUUGAAAUUGAAUCCUUUUACUAAAUGGGUCUUCCCCGUUUAUCAUAUGAACACAUCUUUUUUUUAGUACAAGUAGGGGUGGGGAUUCGAACUCAAGAUCUUUAUGUCAGAGAUAAGUGUCAAUUAUCGUUGAGUUAAGUAUACGUUGGUUCAUAUAGACUCACCUCAUGGUUUAACUAAAAUUUGAUAUUAUUCAGCA